UCUGUGUUUAUAUUAUUUAGCAGGGAAGGAUUGUUAAUGACUAAUCUGUGUCCAUGAGGCACAGAGCCAAGGAAGAGAUGCUGCUGCUAGCCCGGAAGACCGCCUGUGAUCAUGCACAGCACACUAGAACUCUCUCCUCCUCUUCACCUCACUGUCUCCCCGACUUAUCCUAAUGCAAAAUUGGAUUCUGAGCAUUUGUAGCAAAAUUGCUGGGAUCUGGAGAGGAAGACUGGAUUCAGAAUCCUCUCAGGGUCUUGAAAGUCCAUCUUCGACCCAAAACAAUCCAAGGAAGUAGAAAACAUCGUGGAAGGAAGGAAAGAAGAAAAGAAGACCUAGAGGCGUAGCUCACAGUGAACCCAAGCUUCUCUUGGGUUCCUGGAUUUCUUCUGUAUAUUUCCUCAAGAUGAAACUUCAGAAACUUUGGAGCUUUUCUUGAAGACCACCAUAAAGAAAGUGCAUUUCAUUUGAAAAAUUUGGAUGGGAUCAAAAAUGAAUCUCAUUGAACACUCCCAUUUACCUGCCACAGAUGAAUUUUCUUUUUCUGAAAAUUUAUUUGGUGUUUUAACAGAACAAGUGGCAGGUCCUCUGGGACAGAACCUGGAAGUGGAGCCAUACUCACAAUACAGCAAUGUUCAGUUUCCCCAAGUUCAACCACAGAUUUCCUCAUCAUCCUAUUAUUCCAACCUGGGUUUCUACCCCCAGCAGCCUGAAGAGUGGUACUCUCCUGGAAUAUAUGAACUCAGGCGAAUGCCAGCUGAGACUCUCUACCAGGGAGAGACUGAGGUAGCAGAGAUGCCCGUAACAAAGAAGCCCCGCAUGGGCGCAUCAGCAGGGAGGAUCAAAGGGGAUGAGCUGUGUGUUGUUUGUGGAGACAGAGCCUCUGGGUACCACUAUAACGCACUGACCUGUGAGGGAUGCAAAGGUUUCUUCAGGAGAAGCAUUACCAAAAACGCUGUGUACAAGUGUAAAAACGGGGGCAACUGUGUGAUGGAUAUGUACAUGCGAAGAAAGUGUCAAGAGUGUCGACUAAGGAAAUGCAAAGAGAUGGGAAUGUUGGCUGAAUGCUUGUUAACUGAAAUUCAGUGUAAAUCUAAACGACUGAGAAAAAAUGUGAAGCAGCAUGCAGAUCAGACCACGAAUGAAGACGGUGAAGGUCGUGACUUACGACAAGUGACCUCAACAACAAAGUCAUGCAGGGAGAAAACUGAACUCACCCCAGAUCAACAGAAUCUUCUACAUUAUAUUAUGGAUUCAUAUAGCAAACAGAGGAUGCCUCAGGAAAUAACAAAUAAAAUUUUAAAAGAAGAAUUCAAUGCAGAAGAAAAUUUUCUCAUUUUAACGGAAAUGGCAACCAAUCAUGUACAAGUUCUUGUAGAAUUCACAAAAAAGCUGCCAGGAUUUCAAACUUUGGACCAUGAAGACCAGAUUGCUUUGCUGAAAGGGUCUGCAGUUGAAGCUAUGUUCCUUCGUUCAGCUGAGAUUUUCAAUAAGAAACUUCCAUCUGGGCAUUCUGACCUAUUGGAAGAAAGAAUUCGAAAUAGUGGUAUCUCUGAUGAAUACAUAACACCUAUGUUUAGUUUUUAUAAAAGUAUUGGGGAACUGAAAAUGACUCAAGAGGAGUAUGCUCUGCUUACAGCAAUUGUUAUCCUCUCUCCAGAUAGACAAUACAUAAAGGAUAGAGAGGCAGUAGAAAAGCUUCAGGAACCCCUUCUUGAUGUGCUACAAAAGUUGUGUAAAAUUCACCAGCCUGAAAAUCCUCAACACUUUGCCUGUCUCCUGGGUCGCCUGACUGAAUUACGGACAUUCAAUCAUCACCAUGCUGAAAUGCUGAUGUCAUGGAGAGUAAACGAUCACAAGUUUACCCCGCUUCUCUGUGAAAUCUGGGAUGUGCAGUGAUGGGCAUCACAGGGGAGGGGUCUAGCUCCUUUUUCUCUCUCAUAAUAUUAAUCUGAUGUAUAACUUUCCUUUAUUUCACUUGUACCCAGUUUCACUCAAGAAAUCUUGAUGCAUAUUUAUGUUGUAAUUACAUGUAUAACUUCCACAACUGUAAAUACCGGGCUAGAUAGAACAACUUUCUCUACGUUGUGUUUUAAAAGGCUCCAGGGAAUCCUGCAUUCUAAUUGGCAAGCCCUGUUUGCCUAAUUAAAUUGAUUGUUACUUCAAUUCUAUCUGUUGAACUAGGGAAAAUCUCAUUUUGCUCUUCAUCUUACCAUACUGCAUAUAUUUUAUUAAAGAGUUGUAUUCAGUUUUGGCAAUAAAGCAGACAUAAUGGCAAUA